AUGUUCCUUCCUUCAUUGAUCUUGGCUGCUGGCAGCCUGCCAACUCUCAUUGCCGCCAUUCCCCAUGGCGCGCAAUCCCACCACCACAACUUGCACCGCCGCGCAUCCGCUGCGUAUGCUCUUAUGGGUGGUAACGGCGAGACCUCUGAUGGAUGGCCCUCGAUGACUCAGUGGAAGCCCUUCGAUACUCUUUGGGGCCUCAACCAAAUCCUGAUUAGUGCUUCUUGCGACAACACCGAACAGGAAACUGCCGACAUCAAAGACAGCAUCCAGUCAAUUGCCAAGGAAACCGGCGUCGACGAAAGAUUCAUCCUUGCCAUUGUCAUGCAGGAAAGCAAGGGCUGUGUUCGCGUCCAUUCCACCAACAACGGUGUCCAAAACACCGGUCUCAUGCAGAGCCACGCUGGAAAGGGCUCUUGCAACGAUGGAACCUCGAAGACCUCCCCUUGCCCAGCUUCAACGAUCAGACUGAUGAUCAACGACGGAACUGCAGGCACCGAUGCCGGUGAUGGUCUUAAGCAGUGCUUUGAGGCCCAGACCGGCGAGGAUGCUACCAAGUACUACAGAGCUGCCCGUACCUACAACUCCGGCUCCGUCGACGCCUCUGGAAAUCUUGGCCAGGGCGGUGCUACCCACUGCUACGCCUCUGAUAUCGCUAACCGUGUUGGCGGUUGGGCCGGCGACGUUACCGAUUGUGUCGAGUCCACCAUUGGUUCGAUCACCAAAGGUCUCGCGGACGCUCUUGGAGGUGGCGAUGACUCUAGCUCCGAAUCCGACUCCAGCUCCAGCUCUUCUGCUGCCGCGCAGCCCACCGAGACUGCUGAGCCCGAAACUUCCGCUGCUCCCGUUGAAACCGCCCAGUCCUCAUCUACUGUUCAGGCCUGGACCCCUGAGCCCGCUGCUCCUUCCGCUGCUCCCACCGAAUCCGAAUCCGCUUCCGUGGCCCCAGUUCCCACCCAGACCCCCAAGAUCAACAUGGCCGCACAGGCUUCCACUCAGACCCCUGCCUGGACCACCAAGUCUGCCCCCGCGCCCACUGCCGCUGCUACUUCAUCCGAUUCCUCGGCCCCUAUCUACCCCCAGGCUGCUUCACCUUGUCAGAAGUACGUCACCGUUGCUAGCGGUGACUUCUGCAACAAGGUUGUUGAAGCUGCUGGAAUCACGUUCUCUGAUCUCCGCCGCUUGAACCCCGGUCUUGAUGAGACUUGCUCCGACCUGUGGCUCGGAUACCAGUACUGUGUGAAGGCUUAG